GUUUGAGAUUUUUGGGGGGUGAGGGGCUGGCCUUUUUUGUUCCGCUGGAGAAUCCUGCUUGAACGGAUAGCAGGAGCACAACAGACCGAGCCGAAAGCACCGCGCCGCGGACAAUCGGCCUGAGCCACAGCGCCGGGAGGGGAGCCGCCGCGCCGCCGAGCAGGAGCCGGUGGAAAUCCGACGUUUAUCGCCCUGCGGCUCUCCCGUUACCAGCUCCAGGGUCAACGGGCAGACGGAGCGACUGGCAGCUAUCGCCGUUAGCCUCAACUCCUCUGCGGGUCUGGGGGGGUUCUGGUAGGGGCAGGGGGCGGGGGUACACCGAGAACAGGAGAAGACUCCACGCCGAGAGGAGGGGGCUGGAAGUCUGAGACGCUUCCAGCCUGAAGGGGCCGGCGGUUUGGCCACAGCACCCUGGACUAGCUAGCUUGUACCCGCGCGGCUAAGUGAAUGGGAUGGAGCCGGGACCGUCUGGCGCUGUGCCCAUGGGGGUCUUCCCCCCACCCCUGCAGCAGGUGUUCCAUGCCCCCCGCCGGCCGGGCAUGGGCACCGUGGGCAAGCCCAUCAAGCUGCUGGCCAACUACUUUGAAGUGGAGAUCCCAAAGAUGGACGUCUAUCACUACGAGGUGGACAUCAAACCCGACAAGUGCCCGCGACGAGUCAACAGAGAGGUGGUGGAGUACAUGGUGCAGCACUUCAAGCCCCAGCUCUUUGGCGACAGGAAGCCGGUGUACGAUGGCAAGAAGAACAUCUACACGGUGUUAGCGCUUCCUAUUGGGAGUGAGAAGGUGGAUUUUGAGGUAACCAUCCCCGGUGAGGGUAAGGAUCGAAUCUUCAAGGUGUCCAUCCGUUGGCUGGCCAAGGUGUCGUGGCGCCUGCUGCAGGAGACUCUGGUCAGCGGGCGGCUGCAGGUCCCCCUUGACUCGGUCCAAGCCCUGGAUGUGGCCAUGCGUCACUUGGCCUCUAUGAGGUACACUCCUGUGGGCCGUUCGUUUUUCUCCCCACCUGAAGGAUACUACCACCCCCUGGGCGGGGGGAGGGAGGUCUGGUUUGGCUUCCAUCAGUCGGUGCGCCCCGCCAUGUGGAAGAUGAUGCUGAACAUUGAUGUGUCAGCCACAGCCUUCUACAAAGCCCAGCCUGUAAUCGAGUUCAUGUGUGAGGUUUUGGACAUUCGCAACAUUGAUGAGCAGCCGAAGACUCUCACUGACUCACAAAGGGUCCGCUUCACCAAGGAGAUUAAAGGCCUGAAGGUGGAGGUGACCCACUGCGGCCAAAUGAAGAGGAAGUACCGUGUAUGCAAUGUCACCAGACGUCCAGCCAGCCACCAAACGUUUCCCCUACAGCUUGAAAGUGGGCAGACAGUCGAAUGUACAGUGGCCCAGUACUUCAAGCAGAAGUACAACCUGCAGCUAAAAUACCCCCACCUGCCCUGUCUACAGGUGGGACAGGAGCAGAAGCACACCUACCUGCCCCUAGAGGUGUGUAACAUUGUAGCCGGUCAGCGAUGCAUCAAGAAACUGACAGAUAAUCAGACCUCCACCAUGAUCAAAGCCACGGCUCGCUCUGCGCCCGACAGGCAAGAGGAGAUCAGCAGGCUGAUGAAGAACGCCAACUUCAACCUGGACCCGUACAUCCAGGAGUUUGGGAUCAAGGUGAAGGAUGACAUGGCCGAGGUGACGGGCCGAGUGCUGCCAGCGCCUAUUCUGCAGUACGGAGGACGGAACCGAGCUAUAGCCACGCCCAACCAGGGAGUGUGGGACAUGAGGGGGAAGCAGUUUUACAACGGCAUCGAGAUCAAAGUUUGGGCCAUCGCCUGCUUCGCUCCCCAGAAACAGUGCAGAGAAGAGGUGCUCAAGAACUUCACAGACCAGCUCCGCAAAAUCUCUAAAGACGCUGGGAUGCCCAUUCAAGGCCAGCCCUGUUUCUGUAAAUACGCCCAGGGAGCGGACAGCGUGGAGCCCAUGUUCAGACACCUGAAGAACACAUAUUCGGGACUGCAGCUCAUCAUCGUCAUCCUGCCGGGAAAAACCCCCGUCUACGCGGAGGUGAAGCGUGUGGGAGACACUCUGCUCGGCAUGGCCACGCAGUGCGUCCAGGUGAAGAACGUGGUGAAGACGUCCCCUCAGACCCUCUCCAACCUCUGCCUCAAGAUCAAUGUGAAGCUGGGAGGCAUCAACAACAUCCUGGUGCCUCACCAACGGUCGGCCGUGUUUCAGCAGCCAGUCAUCUUCCUGGGAGCAGAUGUCACACACCCACCAGCUGGAGAUGGCAAGAAGCCCUCCAUUACUGCUGUGGUAGGCAGUAUGGAUGCCCAUCCCAGCAGAUACUGUGCCACCGUGCGCGUCCAGAGACCCAGGCAGGAAAUCAUCGAAGACUUGUCCUACAUGGUGCGUGAACUGCUCAUCCAGUUCUACAAGUCCACCCGCUUCAAGCCCACCAGGAUCAUCUUCUACAGAGACGGCGUUCCGGAGGGCCAGUUGCCGCAGAUUCUCCACUAUGAGCUCCUGGCCAUCAGAGAUGCUUGUAUAAAGUUGGAGAAAGACUAUCAGCCUGGUAUCACCUACAUUGUGGUACAGAAACGCCACCACACACGCCUCUUCUGUGCAGACAAAUCUGAAAGGAUUGGGAAGAGUGGGAAUAUUCCUGCAGGGACUACAGUGGACACCAGCAUCACUCAUCCCUUUGAGUUCGACUUCUACCUGUGCAGCCACGCAGGCAUCCAGGGCACCAGCCGGCCGUCUCAUUACUACGUCCUGUGGGACGACAAUCGCUUCACGGCUGACGAGCUGCAGAUCCUCACCUACCAGUUGUGCCACACUUACGUGCGCUGCACCCGCUCAGUCUCCAUCCCCGCGCCAGCCUACUAUGCUCGUCUUGUGGCCUUCCGCGCCCGCUACCACCUGGUGGACAAAGAACACGACAGUGGAGAGGGCAGCCACGUGUCUGGUCAGAGCAACGGCCGGGACCCCCAGGCGCUGGCCAAAGCUGUUCAGAUUCACCACGACACCCUGAGGACCAUGUACUUCGCCUGAGCUCCUCCAAACCGUCACCGCCAUCGAUUCCUCCCACCUCAUUUCUACUUCAGUGGGCAGAUUGCUCACGACCACCUCAUCCCCAUCCCUUACUCCCAACGACUGCCCACUCACACACUCUAUCACACACACACACACCCACACACUCCACAGACGUGCCACUCAGUCACCCAACUCCAAUCACCAUGAAUCCCCUCUCCUGUAAAACCCAGGCAGUCUCUACAGACUCAUGCACUCAAAAGGUUAUGAAUUUUGUUAUUGUUAUUGUUGUUUUGUUGUUUUUUUUUUUAUUUUUUACUUUCACCGGGACUCUUGUUCUUUUUAUGUUGAAUUUUGAAAACGUGGGUAUCAUUAUGUAAUUCUAUUGUACGCUACCUUCACACUCCUAUAUGUAAGUAUGCAAUACGGAAUGGGAGAAAAAUAGGCGAUAAAGACAAAAAGGAAAAAAAAAAAAAAAAAAAAAACUUUUUUAACUGCCACCACAAUGCUGCCUCUUUACCCAUCCGAAAGCCGGAUGCCAGUGUUCCAAGCCCCCGAGUACGGGGAUCCUCCAGAGCGGUGGUACUGGGCACGCACACUUACAUGUAUCAUUUUAAUGUCGCCAUGAACUACAUUCAUGUUUUUAAUGUUUUUUGAAUAAUGUUAUUUUUUUAAAACGGCCUUGAGGAAUCGGAGGUAUGGUACAUUAGCACUUAGCGUUAGCAUGUAGGUGCCGCCAAGUCCUGCACAUAAUAAAGGAGUUUGUUAGUACGUGUGAGGCCAGCCCUCUGGCGUUCGCACUAGCAGAGACACAAAGAGCAGGUGUAGCAUAUCGUAGAUACCGGAGAGCGGUCCCGCCUCGCUCCCCGCGCUGGUCGGCCAGUCCCUUAGAGAUCCAGCCUAUAGAGGCGAGCUUAGCAUAAACAGUAGAGGGACCAUUUGCAUAGAGUGUAUCAAAUAUACUUGCACCCCAUGCACCUAAACCAGCAUUAUUAACCAGCCAAAAGUGAUGCCAACCAAUGGAAAAGGGGCACUUAAACAGGAAGAUGAUCCAUUUUCUGUAUACAUUGCUCUUUUAGGAUUUCUGAGGCACUUUUUAAAAUUUUUCUUGAUUUAUUUUACUCAAACAGUGACACUUGUCUUUCGCAAAACCUGGCACAGACUACUUUGAAGAUUUCUCUCUCUCUCUUUCUCUCUCUCUCUCUCUCUCUCAUACUCACAUACACACUUGCAAAGCUGUCAGAACAAAGGCAAUAGGCAAGGUCAACACUAUCCUGUAGAUUUGAAAACAGACGGGUACAAAGUCUGUGAUCACUUAAGUGCUGCAAAGCUGAACACGCAUUCAGCGAUUGACCUUGCUCUGUUCAUAUUCUGCACAUUCCAACCUGCAUCAUUCAGGAUGACGCCAGACGGCGUGCUCUACACUACCACCCAUGCAAUUCCUCGCAUACCUAGACACACACACACACACCUUUACCGCACUUGUGCCGUUGUGACACAAAGCUUUUCUCUUUGCAGGCGUUUACAACUCGGCCUGGAAAGCAGAAGCACACACACAUUUCCGCCCUCUGUCCUUUUCUUAGCAUGUAGUGACCAACCCGAUGAGAUGCACUUGUCCCCCCUCCCCCCUUCCUUAAGCCAAACUAUCACCCAUCAGCCUCUCCAUGGUCACCUUCUCUUCUCGCUCUAUUCAUCUCACAUGCAGCCACCCCCCUGCCCCAAUCCUCUAGCUGGUGUUAGCCAAUCCCUAUUGGUGCUCUGUGUGCAUGGGCGGCACAGAUGGGGGAUUGCUACAUUGGACAGGGUGGGCCUCUAUUACUACUACUUAAUAUGCCCUGCCUUUACAUCUUGUCACUUUCUGGAUUUAUGGAGAAAAAGAAAAAAAAAAACAUACACAAAAAAAAAAGACCGCAUGUAAUUAUUUUUUAUGACUGGAUAUUCUGAGCCACCUUACUUUGGUUUUAUUAGAGGUAGGAGCCGUCCGGCUCGCCACUGCCUGUCAGUCGUUUUGCCUCGAUUGUGUAAUGGUUAUAAAGACUGCUUUUUUGUUUGUUUCUUUUUUUUUUUUUUCUCGUCAUUAUUAUAAUUAUGAAUAUUGUGACUAUUGUCAGAGUGUUUCCUCAAGAGGGCACUGUGGAGACGGUCUCAAAAUUCCACCUCAGUUGCCCUUUAAGCGCCUCAAAUCUUGUCUGAGAAGUC